AUGUUUGGUGCAGGAAUCCCAGUAUUGGCGAAGAGAUUCAAUUGCAUUGGCGAAUUGGUGCAAGAAGGUCAGAAUGGACAAUUGUUCGAAACGGCGACAGACCUCUUCCAACAGCUCUACACUCUUGCCACCGGGUUUCCUACACACUGCAAGAAACUCCACGACCUGAAGCAGUUCGUUCUUGACGAUAGCCUGCCAUCGUGGGAGGAGAACUGGGCUACAGUAGCUAAGCCAAUUCUGGCGCCAAAUCUUGACCCACAUUUCGAAAGGGUAAUGGCAAGGGAGCCAGCGGAAUAG